AUUUAUGCUGCAGAGUGGGGCGUGUGACGUCAACGAAUGCUGGAGCGGCUCCUUCGCUCGAGCGAGAAAUGGGGAGAAAAUUGCAAGGGCCAAAGGUAAUGGUGAGGCAGAAGUAACGGUGACAAGAGGAACAAAACGACAACCUAAGAAGAUUCUGAAUCUGUGUGUGUGUGUGUCAGACUUCCAGUAUGUGUGAUGGCGUGAAUGGCCUUUGGUCGUCUUCUCGCCUCCCUCAGACAUCCCUCUUCCUUCUCACCCUCAUCUAACUCCCACCGCCACCCUCCCACCGCCCCCAUUUUUGUACCAUGAGAGGAUCCGCCCAGUACUCGGUGAGUAGUAAGCCCGCGGCGUAUCGGCGCCGCUGAGCGCUGUGCCGCGUGAGGGCCGCCCGGCCUCUCGCGGAAUGGCUUCUCUGGACCUGCCCUACCGCUGUCCUCGUUGCGGGGAGCACAAGCGCUUCCGGUCGCUGUCCUCCCUCCGCGCUCAUCUGGAGUACAACCAUACCUACGAGACGCUCUACGUGCUCUCCAAGUCCAACAGCGUGUGCGACGCAGCUGCCCUACUCCCCCUGGUGGCCGACGGAGACCUUCUCCUCUCUCCUUCUGUCCCCGGCAUUAACCGCAGCAACAACAUUAACGACCCUUUCGACGGUCUUCAACUCCGGCCUUCUGCCUUCAGGGACUUCAAGGAGCGCCGCUUCCCGUGCCGCGAGCUUCCCUGCCCGGACGACCUCGGCGGUUUAUCCACAAAUUCCAACGCCGCGGCUCGCUACAUCCCCAAUGUAGAGUUCCCCCUGGGGGAGAUCUUUGUGAAGAAAGCCAUGAGCGCAGCCGGGGACCCCCGCGGUUCCCACGGCAACCAAAGCACGGCCGUGGCAGUGGCGGCGAAUGUGGCUGCGAGCGCGGUGGAGGCGGCCUAUGAGGAGGGCUUGGCCAGGCUGAAGGCGAGAGCCUUUGAGCGUCUGGAGCUGGACGAGAGGCUGGAGAAACUCUCAGAGGAGGUGGAGCAGAAGAUAGCUGUACGCGUGGGCCGGCUGCAGGCGGAGCUGGAGAGGAAGAGCGGCGAGCUGGAGCGGGCCAAGCAUGAGAGCGAGCGGCUGGGCCAGGAGAAACAGGACCUGGAGGACAAGGCGUCGGAGCUCUCCCGCCAGGUGGACGUUUCGGUGGAGAUGCUGGCCAACCUCAAGCAGGACCUGGUCAGCAAGGAGGAGGAGCUUACCCACAAACAACAGGAGGUAACCCAGAUAGACCAGUUCCUCCAGGAGACGGCGGCGCGCGAGGCUAACGCCAAGGUGCGCCUGCAGCAGUUCAUCGAGGAGCUCCUGGACCGUGCCGACCGCGCCGAGAAACAGCUGCAGAUCAUCAGCAGCUGCGGGACCACGCCCAACGGCAGCAUGGGACGCUGCAGCCUGCCCGGCUCCAACAAGGGCUCCAACAAUGGACGCCAGAGGAACUCCAGCGUCUCGGGGACAUCCAGGGGCAUGUACCAGGUCUCUGACCGACGAUCCUCUCCCAGCACCGGAGCGUCGGGCCGUGUCAAGUCCUUCUCCCAGGGCUCGGGCGGGGGCUACGACAGCGGCGACAGCGUGGAGAUGCACCCCAUGGAAGAGUGCCCCGAGGGCCAGUACUACCACGUCCAGUGUCGGCUGGGGGAAGGGGGCGGACAGGGAGGGGGCGGACAGUGCUACGAGAGGGCCGGGGUGUCCCGGAGCUGGGGGCUCCGCAAGCAGGCCAUCCAGAACUGGCAGCGGAGACCCUACCGGAACAGCACGGAGGAGGGGGAGGAGGGUGACGUGUCGGACGUGGGCUCCAGGACUACCGAGUCGGAGGCGGAGAUGUGGGAGCAGCAGGAGAGGAGGGCCACCAUGGCCGAGACGCAGCAGUCUGGAGCACCGAGACCAUCUGGAUACCGCCUAGGCACAGGGCGGUCGGAGGGGGGCCACCGCCACAACAAGCCGUGUCGCCACGACAGGAGCCUGUCCCGGUCCAACAACGAGGUGAUCAGCCCGGAGAUACUGAAGAUGAGGGCGGCUCUGUUCUGCAUCUUCACCUAUCUGGACACCAAGACCCUGUUGAGGGCCGCGGAGGUCUGCAGGGACUGGAGGUUUGUGGGCCGCCACCCUGCCGUGUGGACCCGGGUGCUGCUGGAGAACGCCCGCAUCUCCUCCAAGUUCCUGAGUACACUGUCCCAGUGGUGCACCCAGACCCAUUCCCUCAUCCUCCAGAACCUGAAACCACGACAGAGGGGCAAGAAGGAGGUCAAGGAGGAGUACCUCAAGAGCACACGGGGUUGUCUGGAAGAGGGUCUGGAGUCCUUGCUGAAGGCUACAGGAGGGAACCUAUUGAUCCUCAAGGUGUCUCAUUGUCCCAACCUGCUAACUGACCGCUCCCUGUGGCUCGCCAGCUGCUACUGCCGAGCCCUGCAGGCCGUCACAUACAGGAGUGCCACAGACCCUGUAGGACAGGAGGUGAUCUGGGCUCUAGGAGCCGGCUGUAGAGACAUCAUCUCCCUCCAGGUGGCACCACUACAUCCAUGCCAACAACCGGCUCGCUUCAGCAACCGAUGCCUGCAGACCAUUGGCCGUUGCUGGCCGCACCUCAGAGCCCUGGGCGUGGGCGGGGCAGGAUGUGGCAUUCAGGGACUAGCCUCGUUGGCGAGGAACUGCAUGCGUCUGCAGGUGUUGGAGCUGGACCAUGUGAGUGAGGUCAACCAGGAAGUGGCAGCUGAGGUGUGCAGGGAGGGUCUGAAGGGCCUGGAGAUGCUGGUCCUCACCUCCACCCCGGUCACCCCUAAGGCCCUGCUUCACUUCAACAGUGUGUGUCGUAACCUGAAGUCCAUGGUGGUGCAGAUCGGGGUGGAGGACUACUUCGAGGACCCCAGCAGCCCUGAGGCUAGGAAGCUGUUUGACGAGAUGGUGAACAAGCUGCAGGGCUUGAAGAAGAGACCGGGCUUCUCCAAAAUUCUGCACGUGAAGGCGGACAUCCUCUGCUAACCCCUUUCACCACUCAGGACCCCCCCCCCCCCCCCCCCAAAGAAGGGUCAGCCAUUUUGUUUCCAGCCACACCAACAGAACAGACCCUGUCAUUUGAAACCCCUUGACGUACCAGUCAGCCAACACACACACAUAACUGAAGAGGAAAUGCAGCAACUGUUGGAGAAAGUGGAAGUUGAUGAACAUGCUGCUUUUUAGUUAAAAAUAAAAACCAAUGUGUUUUCGGCCCUUAGCCUCGACUAAAAGAAAGACACAGACACCACAGACAGAUAGAUAGAUAGACCAUUACAAUGCAUUACAGAACAGAGGAUAGACAAGACAAGAGGCCUGGGUAGGGCCUGGGUAGGAUAGGUCCACACCUUACCCUGGAGCAUACAAACCCAGUGGAGAUUUUCAUGAAGGGACCAAGCCCUCCUUUACCAUAGAUAUGUACGAGAGCUCAUGGGCAGCAACAUUGAGGGCUAACUCCAUUUUAAAGUAUUACAUUUUGUGUGUCCUCUAUCCAACUUUAUGGUGUGGUAAAGACAUCAUCCGGCAGGUAACAAGACCAGGGAACCGUAAGUUUCCGCAAAAGCAUACAGGGACCCUGCCUGUGAGUUGUUGACCUGCCAAACAGAUUUGAAACGUAAACUCAGCAGGACUAUUGGACUUUGUAGAUGCUGUAAUCUCGGCGGCCAUUUUGAUUUCAACUGAGAAAAGAGCUGUAAGCAGGAGGACGGAUGUCAUGAAAGAGCAGGCUCUCGUUCUUCACUGAGAGCAUUGCGUCUGGGAUGCUUUAUAUCAAGAUGCUAAACCGUUAGUUAAAAUAGAUUCCCAACCUGUGUGUGUGUGUUUUAAGGGAGGGAUACAUGACUCACCAGCUGCAGACUUGGUCGAACAUAAAACGAGAAGAUAUCUUGUCACCUCGAGAACAUUUUUAUUCCAAGUUCUUUAUCGGCCUAUCAGCCACUCCAUGGUGUGGUCGCCAUGGGAACAGCGCAGUAUUGAACACUAGGUCCAUCCUCCGCAUGCUCAUCAGCCGAGCACCAUCUCUCGCACACUCUUGGAUUUUUCAGCUGUCAAUUACUUUUGUCUGUGGGACUCUUACGGUAUCUAUAGGCCGGUUGGUCCACAAGGCAGCUACUGUGUUAUUUGUUUUUAAGCAGGGUUGCAAAUGAAUUCAUUAGGCCUCUAUUUCAGAAUUGAUGCCAUUCAUAGCCGUGUGUCUGUUCUCUCUUCAUUUCGUAAAAUGCUUUCUCCAGUGUGCCACUGAUCUAUAGGAGUGUGGUAAAAGGCAGACGUUAACCCUGUACUAGCCACUAGCUCUGUAAGCUGCAGUGAAUUACAUGCAUAAGCUGCAUCCCAAAUGCACCCUAUUCCCUAUGUAGUGUAAUACGUUUAGCCAGGGCUCAUAAGACUCUGGUCAAAAGUAGUGCGCGGAAUAGGGUGCCAGUUGAGAAAUGGCUAUAGCCUACAUCCAGUGCACGCAAAAGCACAACUUCCGUGAGCGAAAAGAGUUGCUGAUUGUUGAUUGACACGAUGCAAUUUAUAUGUUAACUGGCUAUAAACAUAAUGUAUAAUACAUGUAUAUAUGUUACAGCCGUUUAUUAUGAUAUAUAUAUACGCUGUUGUAUUUACAGCCAGUACACCGGAAGGGCUUUUAAUUGUCCGCCAAUUACAUCGAGUUGGAUAGAGGGCACAUAUUUUCCUCUUUCGCCGCAACGGCUUCUUAAGUGUGCCCUCUAUCCAACUUUAUGGCCAGUUGCAAUUUGUUCGAUGUCAUAGAUCAGCUGACUCUCUGGAGCCCUCUGCUGAGCAGGAUGACUCGUGCAACGACACACAGCUGGUGGAGAGGUAGGAAGUGUCCCUGGAUGCCUCCCAAAUGGCUCUGGUCAAAGGUAGUGCACUAUAUUGGGAAUGGGGUGACAUUUGGGAUGCAGCGUUGAUCUCAAUUUGCCUCAAAGUCCUCUUGUUUCUUCACCUGCACUGAUUGCCUUGUCAAGUGAAAGCAAAAUGGUGGAAGCUCAUAGCCUAACUAUCUUACGCCUGACCAGUUAUUUUUCGCUCAGUGCAAUGAUGGGAGAAGAGGACAGCAUUAGCCUGUAUGGAUCCACUCGCAAUAUUGUACCGUUAAUGCAUUUAAGCAAGUCGUCGAGCUCAGGCAACAAUGCACACCGACCCAAACCAUGCAACACCCCAGGGAGGCAUCUCAAGUCUAAUGUGGACUCCUUCUGACAGAAGACAACAGUUGGAAGCUGAUCCUCUGGUAGGCUUUGACUUAUCCUUUGUUUUUUUUAGGCUGUGCUCCAAAUGGCACCCUUUUCCCCUGUAUAGUGAACUGCUGUACGUUAGACCAGGGCCCAUAGGGCUCCGGUCAAAAGUAGUGCACUAUAUAGGGAGUGGGGUGCCAUUCUGGGAUUCAACUUUAGGGGGUUUUCAGUUCCUGACAAUCUUGUCUUCUUUAAGACAUUAAACACUGUACAUAAUGUUGUUUGUAAUAUAAAAAGAUUACUGCGUUUGGUGUUCUAAAAAAUUAAGGUCAUACGUAUAAGUAUCGAAAUGACGAAAACAGACAAAUAUUAAGAGUCUACAGGUGUCCAUUCUGUGAGUUUUUUUUCUUCUCCAAAGUCGAAAGGAAAGAUUCAACUACAGUGGUAAGAAAAAGCAUGUGAACCCUUUGGAAAUACCUGGAUUUCUGCAUAAAUUGGUCAUCAAAUGUCACAACAAUAGACAAACUCAGUCUGCUUAAACUAUUAACACGCAAACAAUUAUACAUGUGCAUGUCUUUAUUGAACACACCGUGUAAACAUUCACAGUGCAGGUUGGGAAAAGUAUGCUCCUUUGGCAGCAAUAUCCUCAACCAAAUGUUUUCUGUAGUUGCGGAUCAGACCUGCAAAACAGUCAGGAGGAAUUUUGGACCAUUCCUCUUUACAGAACUGUUUCAGUUCAGUAACAUUCUUGGGAGGUCUGGUGUGAACCGCUCUCUUGAGGUCAUGCCACAGCAUGUCAAUUGGGUUGGGCCACUCCAGAAGGCGUAUUUUCUUCUGUUGAAGCCGUUCUGUUGUUGAUUUACUUCUGUGUUUUGGGACGUUGUCCUGUUGCAUCACCCAACUUCUGUUGAGCUUCAGUUGGCGGACAGAUAGCCUAACAUCCUCCUGCAAAAUGUCUUGAAAAACGAAGGAAUUCUUUUUUUCUGUCUAUGAUAGCAAGCGGUCCAGGCCCUGAGGCAGCCCCAAGCUAUGAUGCUCCCUCCACCAUACAUUACAGUUGGGAUGAGGUUUUGAUGUUGGUGUGCUGUGCCUUUUUUUUUCUCCACACAUGGUGUUGUGUGUUCCUUCUAAACAACUCAACUGUAGUUUCAUCUGUCCAACAGUGCUGAACUUUCUCCAUUUAUAGACAAAUUGCCUUACUGUGGACUGAUGAACAUCAAGGCUUUUAGAGAUACUUUUGUAACCCUUUCCAGCUUUAUGCAAGUCAACCAUUCUUAAUCUUAGGUCUUCUGAGAUCUCUUUUGUUCGAGGCAUGGCUCACAUCAGGCGAUGCUUCUCGUGAAUAGCAAACUCAUAUUUUGUGAGGUUUUUUUUAUAGGGAAAGGCAGUCCUAAACAACGUCCCCAAUCUCUUCUCAUUGAUUGGACUCCAGGUUAGCUGACUCCAAUCAGCUUUUGGAGAAGUCAUUAGCCAAGGGGUUCACAUACUUUUCCCAAUGUUUAAAUGAUGUAUUCAAUAUAGACAAGAAAAAUACAAUAAUUUGUGUGUUAUUAGUUUUUAAGCACAGUUUGUCUAUUGAGCACACUAUGUUUGUGACUUAGAUGAAGAUCAGAUCAAUUUUGAUGACCAAUUGAUGCAGAAAUCCAGGUAAUUCCAAAAGGUUCACAUACUUUUUCUUGCCACUGUAUAUUAUGUAUAAACGGUAGUGUUGAAGUUUGCAGUUGUGUGCUAUAGAUGCUUUAUAUUCAGUGUUCAUCAGAAAUGUGCUAUAGAGAUGGACAUUAUUUAGGAAAGAAAGAGGAUAAAGAUUUAUUUGAGCUAUUUAUUUCUAUAAAAAAAAAGAGAGGUCUAUAAUGUUGGCAUGUUUGUGUUCAUGCACCAAUCAUCACGUUGCCUUUAACAUAUUCUGCUGUAGUGGCUGUAGUUCUAGAUUAAUAUUUAAAAAGAUUUUAAGAUUGCUUGCAAAAAGGUUUAUGCUGUGUUUUUUUUAUUUUUAAUACGUCUGUUGCACUAGUGGGGGGAAAAAAAUAAGAUAAUACUGAUAUUUAAUAUUAGUGCUGUUUUUUAAAUGUUUUAAAACGCUUUCUCAGUAUUUGACAGAUAAUGAUGCACUUUUUCCCCCGAGCGCUUUUAGAGGCCCGUGUGGUUCUGUAAAGAUGAACAAAAAUCACACUUCCGUCGGUCAAACAUUGUCAUGCCGUUUCCAUGGUUUCCUCUGUGGUGUGAGCGAUCGGUUGGUUGCUCUCUUACAUAGUCGUGAUGAUUUGGUUGAUUUUUUUGUUUAAACUGAAUGGUGGCCAAUUAGGGGCAUGAAGAUAGAUCACUUCAUGACCAGUAGCCAAUGGCAAUGGGGGAGUUUUUUAACAUGUCACACAAUGCAGACCCUAUUUUAAUCGCCUAUAUCUGUCAUUGGCGGUUGAGGUUUAUGGUUGAACCUGGGUCAACUGGAUUUCAAGUCCUGUUGAGGUUCAUUUUACGCCGACAUGACCUUAUGCUCAUGAUCGUUACCAGGUAAUGGCGAGUCUAACUAUGUUCGUGUCCUCUGUGUUUGUGUUGGUUUGCUUUAAAGCUUCUUAUCCAAAUGCAUUGCGUGACAGAAGCCCUGCUGACAUUGUUUUAGAACAUGUCCUGAAAAACCGAAAUCAAAUAAGAGAAUGAGAUUAAGAGUUGAAGAGGAGUCGUUCGGACAGAAACAUUCUCUAUAUCUGGGUUCCCCGACUGGGGGUCCCGGACAGGGGUUGCAUUUGAUUUCUGAGCAACAAAAGAGAACUUGGUUGGACAUAAAGUACUGUAAAAACAUCAAAUCGGCUCCAAUUGAUUUUCAUUUAGGAAAUCUGUUCCAAAGUAUUCAAAUCAAACUUUCUUUGUCAAAUACGCCCAAUACAACAAGUGUCGACCUUACUGUGAAAUGCUUUACUUUACAAGCCCUUCACCAACAGUGCAGUUCAAGACGAUAUGUACUAAACAAAUGGAGGGGGGGUCAAUGUAAUGGUCCAGUGGCCAUUUUUAAUGAAUUGUUCAGCAGUCUUAUGACUUGGGGGUAGAAGCUGCUAAGAAGCCCUUUGGACCUAGACUUGACGCUCCGGUACCGCUUGCCGUGCGUCUGACAAUUUUUUGGGCUUUCUUCUGACACCGCCUAUUCCCACGCAUAAUAGAGAGAGAUAUGUGAUCGUAUACAAAUGUAUGCAAGGUUUGAAAUGAUUGUUUUGGGCAAAUAUACAGUACUAGUCAAAGGUUUAGACACGUAUCCAUUCAAAAGGUUUUUAUUUAUUCAUUUUUUAAACUAUUUUCUACAUUUGUAGAAUAAUAGUGAAGACAUCAAAACUAUGAAAUAACACAUAUGGAAUCAUGUAGUAACCAAAAAAGGGUUAAACAAAUUAAAAUAUAUUUUAGAUUUUACAAAGUAGCCACCCUUUGCCUUGAUGACAGCUUUUGGCAUUCUCUCAACCAGCUUCUUGAGGUAGUCACCUGGUAUGCAUUUCAAUUAACAGGUGUGCCUUCUUAAAAGUUCAUUUGUGGAAUUUCUUUCCUUAAUGCGUUUGAGUCAAUCAGUUGUGUUGUGACAUGGUAGGAUUGGUAUAUUUAGCCUAUUUGGUAAAAGACCAAGUCCACAUUAUGGCAAGAACAGCUCAAAUAAGCAAAGCGAUACGACAGUCCAUCAUUACUUUAAGACAUGAAGGUCAGUCAAUCCGGUACUUUUGACUGGUACUGUAUCUGUUUACCGUAAGGUAAAUGUUUAGCCUACAAAUGUAAUUAUCUUCUAUUCCCCCUGGCCAUCCGCUCAAGAAUAAAACCGGCCCACGGUCGAUUUAUAGUUGAUGAUCCCUGCUGGAUGUUCCACUACUAGGAUCUUAUCCAUAGAUUCAAUGUGUCUGUAGUUAAAGAGAGAAUUAGCCCAAAUGACAAGAUGACAUAGUUUCCCUUCCCUUAUAAGCAGUCUAUUGACAAGGUAAGUCCGUGCUUUGGUUUUGUUUACCUGGACACUGCCGCAGGCUGGUUAUAAGGUAAGGAAACCAAUGUAACCGUUUGUAAUUUGGUGAACUAUCCCUUUUAAAAGUUUUUAGGACUUGAUUUGGUAACUUAGUCAUUCCGAAUAUCAAAUAAUUGAAUGAUUCCCAUGAUCAAGAUUCCUUGUCGCCAUUUUAUUUGAUUUGUUUAUUGUAAUAAGUUGGUACAUGAUACUUUCAUUAUUUGUUAUUUUCAAGAACCCUGGCUAUUGUUUCCUAUUGAUACUCUUUUUUGUUGUUGUGUUGCAUCUUCAUUUUUGCUCUUUCAAAGCCCAGUUCUGAUUCAUGGAAUAAGGUUGUUUGGGAUAUGGCCAAUCCAUUUUUGUCUGUAAAACAAACUAUUCUCCUGUGUCAGGCAUUUGACUGGAUUUUCCUAAGACCAGCUUUGUGCCAAGAUUUUAUGUUUUCAUCUCUUAUGUCUCUUUUGUCCCAAAUGGCACCCUAUCCCCUAUAUAGUGCACUGCUUUUGACCAGAAUCCUAUGGGCCCUGAACAAAAGUAGUGCGCUAUAUAGUGAAUAGGGUGCCAUUUUAGAAAAACAUGUGUCAAGUCUUAUGUGAUUAAUUAGCCUGGAUCCAGAUCUGUUGCUACAUCUUGCCAUGUCAAUGACCAUAGGGAUUGGCAAGAUGGCACAAACAGAACCCGGGACACAGGCUAGCAUCUUUUUACCUCUUCUGCACACAUUCUCUGUAUGGAUGAUUGUAUUUUUCUGUCCAUUUGUCUGAAUAGUAUUUGAACUCAUUACCUCAACACUUAUCUGGGCAACUAAGUGUGCACAUUCUUUAUUCUUUUGGACAGUCAUUGAUAUUCUGCUCAUUAAUGUACUGUAUCGAAUAUAGGUAUGUCAUAUUGGUAUGACCAGGUUGAUUCAAAACCCAAACAGGUCAUUCCCACUACAAUGUUCAUCAUCCUAAGACCAUUGCAAUACAUUAAAAGGUGUUAUUUUCCCAUUCAUAGUCAAAUUCAUCCAUUUUUUAUCAUCAAUAAAAUGGCUUAAAUACA